AUCAGUGAUUUAAACUUUGCCCUGAAACAUCGGUAUUCGCCAGUGACCAAGGAGCAUGGCAGCAGACACGGCACCUGUAAUGUCCAUUCCAGACCCUCAACGUAACAGAUAUGAAAGUCUCACCAGGACGUUCAUCGACAGAUUUGGUCAUCCUCCUUCAUUUUUUGGUCGAGCUCCUGGCCGUGUCAACAUAAUAGGAGAACAUAUAGACUACAAUGGAUACGGAGUAUUGCCGAUGGCGAUUGAACAAGAUGUGGUCAUUGCAGUUUCAUAUGAGCAGGCGUCCAACAAAAUUGUUGUUACUAACACAGACUCAUCAUUUAGUGAUUUCGAAUGUGAUAAGCGUGAUAUAAAGCUGGACAAAACAUCUCCAGAAUGGAACAACUACUUCCUAUGCGGUGUGCUUGGUGUCUACCGCCAUCAGGACCUAGCUUGCCAAAACCGACAUGGCAUGUCUUGUAUGGUUUCAGGGACUGUUCCAACAAGUGCGGGCCUGUCUAGUUCCAGCGCUCUCGUAUGCUGCGCAGCUCUCGUUACGAUGCAUGCCAACAAACUCUCCAUUGCCAAGGACGCUCUGGUUGACUUAAGUGCCGACUGCGAAAAUUUCCUAGCAACGUCGACAGAAGGAGGGAACAUGGACCAAGCGAUAGCUAUUAUGGCAGAGCAGGGAUUGGCUCAACUGAUUGAAUUCUCACCACUGCGCAUUACACCAGUAGAGCUGCCACCGGAAGUUGUCUUUGUAAUCACACAUAGCUGUACAGAAAUUCACAAAGGAGCUACUGCCUGCUUCAACAUCCGCGUGGUAGAGUGUCGUAUUGCUGCACAGGUAAUCGCCAAGAAAAAGGGGCUAGAUUGGCGAGACGUAAGUACUCUGAGAGAUGUACAAGAGAAAAUUGGCCUUAAUCUGACUGAUAUGGUAGUCCUUGCCAAGGACAUGCUUCACCAAGCUGCCUAUACAAAGCAGGAAGUGUGUGGAGUACUGGGAGUGACAGAAGAGGAGCUUGCAACAACCUCUUUGAUAGCCUUUACAGAAAAUGAGAACGAAUUUCACUUACACGACCGUGCUGUGCACGUGUACAAUGAAGCGGAACGAGUGUACCAAUUCCAGCGUGUAUGUGAAAUAAAACAUCAUGACUCUUUCAGCCUACAACAGAUGGGAGAUCUGAUGUCAGCCAGCCACUCGAGUUGUCAUCAACUGUUUGACUGUAGUAGUGAACAUCUCAACAUUCUCGUCGAAACAUGCAUGCUGUCCGGAGCCCUGGGGUCACGCCUGACUGGAGCUGGCUGGGGAGGUUGUGUAGUUUCCAUGGUACCCACCAAUCAAGUUGAACAUUUUCUCCAGCAGGUCAAGGAAAAAUAUUAUGCAAAUGAACCAUCAAGAUCUAGUAGAAUGGAGAGUUCGGUCUUUAUCACCAAGCCUAGUGGAGGUGCUGCUAUCUAUACUAUCUGACCACUACAAACAGUACUGACCACAAAGAAAAGAGAAAACGAAUCCACAUUAUAAUAACUCUUUGUGGUUACUUGAAUGGUCGAGCUAUGACCGGAUGUAAUUGUAUGUACAAUGAUACUUUUCACUCCAGUAAAGGGAGACAACUUUCAAGUUUACAUUCAACAGCAAAUAAAUCAUCGAAUAAAUACA